AUGAGUCGCAGCCGAGCAGAAUACACGGCUGUAGCUAUUUUGAGCUCAGCAGCUCGUUCAACGACGAGAUCCCAGCUUCAAGUCCCCCUCCGUCGACUUAAUGGCUUCCGUAGCCUCAUUACCUGCUCGGCCUCGGCCUUGACUCGGCGACGACCCAUUGUCGCAUGCAAACAUACGCAAAGCUUCAACGAUGGACGGAGAUAUGUGUCGCAGGCGAAGGAUGCAAAUAUCGCGGUAAUUGGAGGCGGAUUGACUGGUCUCUCGACAGCAUACUACCUCGCAAAGAAGCUCCCCUCGACGACAAAGAUUACCUUGUAUGAAGGCAGUGAUCGAUUAGGAGGAUGGAUCAAGACGGAUAGGGUACCAGUAGACAUCGGGGGCAAGCAAGGACUUGUUUCUUUUGAACGCGGUUCUCGGUCAUUGACAUCUCUUGCUGGCAAUACGUUCCGCUUCGAUGAUCUUGUCCUUUACGAUCUUGUUCUCGACCUAGGACUUUCUCUCAGCUCUCCUCCAAACAAGCCACGAUACGUUUAUUACCCCGACCAUCUCGUUCCCAUGCCCCCGAACAUCGGCAUCUUCGGCAUUCUCCGCGAGCCCCUCUACCUCGAGAGUAUAGGCGCUGGUGUUGGUCUUUUCUUGAACUCGUUGCGCAAGAGGCAUCUCCCUGCCGACGACGAGUCUGUCGUCGACUGGCUUUACAAGGUCACAGCUAGCCGUCAGGGCGUUAACAACCUGGCCUCUGCCAUGAUGCACGGUAUCUACGGUGGUGACAUCAACAAGUUGAGCGCUCGUAGUGUCUUGGAUCGCAUCUAUUGGGGUUGGUAUCUCCCCAAUCCUGGCCCGCGUGCGCGCCCGAUGCCCGUACCUGAACAGAUGAUUCUUGACACGUUGGGCCAGGAUCGACAAAUCCAGAAGCUGGCGAUGCAACCAAAGAGCGCGCUGUAUGAUUUUGGCGACAAGGGCAUGGAGUCGCUACCACAAGCUAUGGGCGCGGCCCUGAAAGAUCAACCGAAUGUUACCAUCAAGACUGGAGAGGCAGUGAAGGACAUUGCAUACGAUGAAGCUAAGCAGCAAGUCCAGAUCAACAGCUUCAGCACAAAGAACAAGGACCAAAGCAGUUCUCAGGCCUAUGACAAGGUCAUUUCAACACUGUCCGCCCAGCAUCUUGCCAGUCUCACGGGAGAUAAGCUACCAUCUCUUUCUACAGCACACUCUGUUUCCGUCAUGACAGUCAACAUCUGGUUCCCCCAGGAGAACAUAAAGCCUCCUGGCUUUGGUUACCUCAUUCCUAACUCGGUCGACCCAGAACUUAACCCACAUCACGCACUUGGCGUCUUCUUCGACUCCGACGUUGGAACUCGUUCCAAGGACGAACCUGCCGGAACUAAGCUCUUCAUUCUUAUGGGCGGCCAUUACUAUGAUCGCCCGGGUGUUACUCCCCCAACUGAGGAAGAGGCCAUUGUCCAAGCUCGUGAGCUACUUGAGCGUCACCUCGGCAUUCCACGCGAUGCUCCAGCCUAUGCCACAGCCAAUUUUGCCAAGGAGUGUAUUCCUCAGCACUAUGUCGGCCACCAAGACCGCCUACGCAACGCCCACACUGAGCUAACGCAAAACUUUGGCGGACGUCUCGCUGUUGCGGGUGGUUCAUUCCAUCGUAUUGGCACUAUUGCCGGUCUCCGUUGUGGCUACGAUGCUGCUAUUGCGGCAAAGGAUGGCCUCGAAGCCACGGGCCUGGAGUACCUUGAGAAGAUCCAGGAAUUUUCAGUUGUGCCAAUUGAGGCGAUCCCCGUGCGCCAGUUCUAG